AUGGUUUCCCGUCCCCUGGGUCCCCUAGAGAACAAGGCGAUAGCCGAACAUAAUCAUCAUCAUCAUGAUGACUUACAGAAUAAUACCUCACAUACCACAACCCUCAGCGCAAGCAAAGCCCAAGUUGGAGAAGGCCAAGAAGGAGGAGAGCUAGACGGAGAAGCAGAAGACUCAGAAACGAGAAGACUCUCGACCAAAUUCCAGUCCCACCGGCACCUCGUCCCCCUCGUCUCGCCGCCUGACUCCGACGUCCUCUUCCUCAACGCCGCCUCCGCGCCGCCCUCGAACCUCGUGAUCCACGAGGCCAUCACGCGCUACUCCUCCACCGCCCUCUACUCGUCCACCCCGCAGCUCCACUGGCAGGCCGCGCGCGAGGACACGCGCCGUCUGCUCGCGCGGUGCAUCAACGCCGAGGACGCGGCCACGAUCGCGUUCACGCGCGACACGACCGAGGGCCUGGGCGGCUUUAUCGGCUGUUUGCGGUGGGAGAGGGGCGACAAUGUGGUGCUGCUCGAUACGGAGCACCCGAACCAGGUGUACGGGUGGUUGGCGCUUAGGGAGAGGGGGGUGGAGGUUAGGAGGGUGAGGACGGCGGGGUUAGGGGAGGGUGGUGGUGGUGAUGGCGAUGGUGGCAGGAUCGACGCGGUCGACGCCGAGACCCUGCGCCCGUACGUCGACCACCGCACGCGCGCCAUCGGCCUCAGCACCAUCUCCUUCGACGCCGGCCAGCGGCACGACGUGGCUGGCAUCAGCGCCGCGUUCGGCAGCAGCAGCAACAACAACAACGGCCGGGACAUACUCGUCCUCGCCGACCUAACCCAGCACGUCGGCUUCGCGCCCGUCGACGUCCAGCGCCUCGGCGUCGCCGCCGCCGCCUUCAGCCUGCACAAGGGGCUCAACUGCCCCACGGGCCUCGGCGCCCUGUACGUCUCCCCCGCGGCGGCGGCGGCGAUCGGCAGCGCGCCCCCGCCGAUCGUGAGCAUGUCCGCCGUGAAGAACCUGCCGGCGGACCUGGUGGUGAGAGGGGAGGGGGGAGGGGGCUGGGGCGAGGUGGAGCUCCGGGAGGAGGGCGCGCGGCGCUUCGAGCACGCGAACCUGAGCCUGCUGGGCGUCGUGGCCGCGCAGGCGUACCUGAGGUUCUACCUCGAGGUGCUGGGCCCCGAGGACGUCGAGGCCCAUCUGUGCCGCCUGACGGGCUUGCUGGCGCGCGAGUGCGGCCGCUUGGGGAUACCGCUCCUGGGCCCCCGGGAGGCCGGGAGGAGGGCGCCGCAUAUCUGUGUGCUGGGGCUGGAUCCGGAGGGGUGGGGGGCGUAUUUGAGGGAGCUGGGUGGGGUCAGGGUCACGGUUAACCGGUUGGGUUUGCGGGUUUCGUUUGGCUUUUAUAACUCGGUGCGGGAUGUGACGAGGUUUGUGGGUGUGUUGGAACGGGGGCUGGCGAAGGGGUUGUCGGUGAGGUAG